UCUAGAGCUGAUAGUGCUUUGGCUAUUUUUCCAUAAAUACGGACACUCCGAUAGCGAGAAAUCAGUUUACUUUUUCCACUGCAGAAGGUCGAACGUUUCAGUCGGAAUGCCCAACAUGGAUCUCUACAAUUUCCCCAUGUCGCCGGCCAGUCGCGCCAUCCAGAUGGUGGCCAAGGCUUUGGGUCUGGAGCUGAACUCCAAGGUGAUCAACACGAUGGAGGGUGACCAACUAAAGCCGGAGUUCGUGAAGAUCAACCCACAGCACACCAUUCCCACGCUGGUGGACAACGGUUUCGCCAUCUGGGAGUCGCGUGCCAUCGCCGUCUACCUGGUGGAGAAGUACGGCAAACCCGAUUCCCCACUCUAUCCCAAGGAUCCCCAGAAGCGGGCUCUGAUCAACCAGAGGCUCUACUUCGACAUGGGCACCCUGUACAACGCCCUGUCCAAGUACUUCUUCCCAAUCUUCCGCACUGGCAAGUUCGGAGAUCAGGAAGCUCUGGACAAGGCUAACGCUGCCUUUGGAUUCCUCAACACCUUCCUGGAGGGUCAGGAGUUCGUGGCCGGCAGCCAACUGACCGUGGCUGAUAUCGUCCUCCUGGCCACCGUGUCCACCGUAGAAAUGUUUGCGUUUGACCUCAGCAAGUUCCCCAACGUGGAGAGGUGGCUUAAGAAUGCCCCGAAGGUAACUCCUGGAUGGGAGCAAAAUGUUGAGAGUCUGCAGCAGGGAAAGAAGUUCCUGGAGGGCAUUCAAGCAAAGGAAAAGGAAGCGAAGGUAGGACCUUUCAUCAUGGACUUUUACUACCAUCCUUGCUCGGCUCCUUGCCGCUCCGUUAUAAUGGCAGCCAAGGCGCUUGGAGUUGACCUGAAUAUGAAGCUAUUGAAGGUCAUGGACGGGGAGCAACUGAAGCCGGAGUUCGUGAAGCUCAAUCCACAGCACUGCAUUCCCACGCUGGUGGACGAUGGCUUCUCCAUCUGGGAGUCCCGUGCCAUUUUGACUUACUUGGUGGAGAAGUACGGCGCGGAUGACUCGCUGUAUCCCAGUGAUCCCCAGAAGAAGGCCGUGGUCAAUCAGAGGCUCUACUUCGACAUGGGCACCCUGUUCCAGAGUUUCGUCGAGGCCAUCUAUCCACAGAUAAGGAACAAACAGCCCGCCGAUCCGGAGGCCAUGCAGAAAGUGGACAGCGCCUUUGGCCACCUGGACACCUUCCUGGAGGACCAGGAGUAUGUGGCUGGCGACUGCCUCACCGUGGCGGACAUUGCGCUCUUGGCCUCCGUUUCCACCUUCGAGGUGGUGGACUUCGAUAUAGCCCAGUAUCCAAAUGUGGCCCGGUGGUACGAGAAUGCCAAGGAAGUGACUCCCGGUUGGGAAGAGAACUGGGAUGGUGUCCAGCUAAUCAAGAAACUGGUUCAGGAGAGGAAUGAGUGAUUUGAUUAGAAUGUCAGCAGUAAAUACUCAACAUACCACAUACCUCGGCAAAUUAUUGCCA